CACGCCCCUCCUGCUAAAAAGGUCAUGUUGCCCAUGCAUUGCAUAACUCCUUGUAACUCUUGAAUCUGGAACUUGAACUCAGCAGCAAUCUAACUAUUGGGAUUUGGGACAGCUAAUACCAUUUGUCAGAUUAGCCAGACUAAGCCAGCCUCAAUGACUUUUGCCACUGUUUUCUCAUUGAACCUGCUCCUUGUGGUUUCCUGUAUAUCUUAUUCUGCACAAUUUAACAAAAGUGGAAACGUAGCUCUAUUAAAAGACAAAGGUGGACUGGUUGCACCAGGUUUUUCAUGUCUCUUAGUAAACUGCUCUCUACCUACAACAACUUGUCUGCUAGAUUCUUCUUGUCGUGAAGCCGUGCAUUGCAAUUCAGAAUGUCAGGGCAAGACUAAUGAAGAAGCUUGUAAUCUACUAUGUGAACUAACAUAUGGCUACAAUAGUUCAAAAUAUCGUCAUCUUCUCCAAUGUAUGAGUGAUCAUGGCUGUCUCCCUGUCUCACCACCAGAUGGAAUUUGUGUUGCUAAUGACAGUUCUACUAUUAAAAACCUCACCUCUCUAUCUCAGAUUAAAGGUAAAUGGUGGAUUCUUCGUGGGCUCAACUGUGGUCAGAGAGGUUGGCCAGCAGCCUUUGAUUACUUUCCUUGUCAACGUGAUGAGUUUGUUCCACUGGGAACACAUAAUGAUGUGUGGGUUGAUCACAUUGCUUACUGUGGAGGACGUAACAAUACAUGUUCUACUCCAAUAUUGUAUACAGUUGCUAAUGUAUCAAUUACAAAACCUGGAGUAAUGAAUCACGUAUAUACUGAUCCUCCUCUAACACCACAAAUUGAAGAAUGGCGUGUCUUAUCAUGGCCACAUCCUGAUUGGAUGCUGUACAUUUAUUGUGGAGCUACUCCCACUGGACCGUAUGCUGGAGGAAGUGUUGUUACUAGAGCUGAUUCAGGAAAAGAUGUUGGUGUGAUCCCAGUAUAUGUUGAGAUUGAGUUUCGUUCUGUUGCCAAACAAUUUGGUUUCAACUAUGAUGAAAUGUGUGUCAGUAAUGUAACCAGCUGUAGUGAUUAAUAUUAUGAUUUCUAUUUUUCACACUGUAAAGAUGAUUUGUUAAGUUUUUAGUUAUAUGCUGUCAGUAUGCCAACAAA